ACUCGCACGUGCCGCUCACCUGACCCGACAUGGACGCGCACGCGCACGUGCACGACAUCGAGAGCAACAGCUGCGACUUCUUCUCGCUGACGGACGACGACGACGACUCGUGCGCCUCCGCACCGCCGCCGCCGCCGCAGAAGAAGAAGCGGCGGCGCGGGCGUGCGCGCAGCGCGGCCACCGUGCACGUGGUGAAGAAGAGCCGCCGCCUGAAGGCCAACGACCGGGAACGGAACCGGAUGCACAACCUGAACGACGCCCUGGAGGAGCUGCGCGAGGUCCUGCCCGCACUCCCGGAUGACAGCAAGCUGACCAAGAUCGAGACCCUGCGUCUGGCCCACAACUACAUCUGGGCCCUGUCCGAGACCCUGCGCAUCGCCGACCUCACCCGGACCCCCGCCGAACCUUGGUUCUCCUGCAGGUCCUCAUCACCCUCCUCAUCCUCAUCAUCAGUCUCGUCCUCGCCGCCGUCCUCUUCGUCACCGGCCUACAGCGCCUGCAGCCCGGGCAGCCCGCACCAGGACGCGCUCUUCGGCCUGCGGGCCCUGGUCCCGGGAGUCUUCUGACGCACUGGAACCUGCAGAACUUUGCAGAACUUUGCAGAACAGUGCAGAACUUUGCAGAACUUUGAAGAACUUCGCAGAAUAUUACAGAAUUUUACAGAACAUUGCAGAACAUGGUGGAACAUGACAGAACUUUGCAGAAUAUUACAGAACUUUGUAGAACAUUGCUGAAUAUUACAGUACAUUGCAGAUCAUGGCAGAACUUUGCAGAACAUUGCAGAACAUGGCAGAACGUUGCAGAACAUGGCAGAAUUUUGCAGAACAUUGCAGAAUAUUACAGCACAUUGUAGAACAUUGCAGAACAUGACACAAUAUUACAGAACAUUGUAGAACUUUGCAGAACAU